GCGAACUAGACUUAUCAUGUAGUCCCGUUUUGCCAGUUGCAUCCAACAAAUCUUACAAUGGCGUCACAUUAUCGAUCUACUUUGCUUCAUAUUGCUUCACAAAUGCCGUCGGAGCCCGAUAGUCAGAGUUCAUUGAAGCUGGAUGGAGGUUUUGCAUCCAAAGUUCCUUGCAAGAACUAUUUCAGUACUGGUCACUGUCACUGGGGCAAUAAAUGUAAAUUCUCCCAUGAUGGACCACCAGGAAAAGGUUCCAAUGACCCCCAGGCUGAAAAAGCUGCACCAGAAAAGCUGAAUGUACCUUGUAGAAAUUUUGUCCUAAGGGGGAAGUGUGGUUUUGGUGACAAGUGUUAUUUUUCUCAUAGUAUUGGAGGAAACAAGUCGAAAAAAACUCCAAACGUUAACUCAGAAAAUAAACCUGAAAAGAGCGGCGAGAAGAGUCAGCCUGAAAAGAGUAGCGUUCAAGGCAGUACUGACAAAGUGGUCGAGUCUGAGGACAACGGUGCAAAGAAAAUAUCUGACCAGGGCAGCACUGAGAAAGAAAAUAAGUCUGAGGACAUUGGGUCAGGUGGACGUGCUAAUCAGACUGGCCAGGGUCGUGGCAGUGUCAGUCCACGUGAUCGAGGUGUUAGUCCCCAAGGACAAGGUGGCCGUGGAGGUGGACAGUUCGGAGGCAACAAUCCGCCCGGAAAUGGUGGAGGUCCUAAUCAGACUGGCCAGGGUCGUGGCAGUGUAAGUCCAAGUGGUCGAGGUGUUAGUCCCCAAGGACAAGGUGGCCGUGGAGGUGGACAGUUCGGAGGCAACAAUCCGCCCGGAAAUGGUGGAGGUCCUAAUCAGACUGGCCAGGGUCGUGGCAGUGUAAGUCCAAGUGGUCGAGGUGCUAGUCUCCAAGGACAAGGUGGCCGUGGAGGUGGACAAUUCGGAGGCAACAAUCCGCCCGGAAAUGGUGGAGGUCCUAAUCAGACUGGCCAGGGUCAUGGCAAUGUCAGUUCACUUGGUCGAGGGGCUGGUCAAUUGGGGCGAGGCAGUCAUGGAGGUGGACAGUUUGGACAGGGCAGAGAAGAUGGUCAAUUUGGAGGCAAUGAACAUAGUGAUUCAUCCGGAAAUCAGUUUGGGCAAAUAGGUGGACGUUGGGGGACAGUAGGUCGUGGGGGUGGACAGGGACGUGGAUUAGGUCAGUUUGGAGGCUAUGAACACAGUGACACGUUUGGAAAUCGUGGUGGACAUGGGGGGACAGUAGGACGUGGGGUUGGACAAGGACGUGGAGGGGGUGAGUUUGGGGGGAAUGAUAAUGGUAAUUCAUUUGGUGGAGGAGGAGGGGUUAAUCUGGAUCAGUCGGGACAAACUAAAGGUGGGCGCUGGGAUAAAGUCGAACAUGCGGGUGGACCAGGUCGUGGAGGUGGACCAGGUCUUAGGGGUGAACCAGGUCGCGGGGGUGGACCAGGUCGUGGAGGUGGACCAGAUCUUCGGGGUGAACCAGGUCGCGGGGGUGGACCAGGUCGUGGAGGUGGACCAGGUCUUAGGGGUGAACCAGGUCGCGGGGGUGGACCAGGUCGUGGAGGUGGACCAGAUCUUCGGGGUGAACCAGGUCGCAGGGAUGGACCAGGUCGUGGAGGUGGACCAGAUCUUAGGGGUGAACCAGGUCGCAGGGAUGGACCAGGUCGUGGAGGUGGACCAGAUCUUAGGGGUGAACCAGGUCGUUGGGGUGGACCAGUUCGCGGGGAUGGACCAGGUCGAGGGGAUGGACCAGGUCGCGGGGAUGGUCAUUUUGAAGGGGAUGAUAACCAUGAUUCAUUUGGCCAAGGACGAGGAACAGAUGGCUAUCAGUUUGGGCAAAGUCGAGGUGGUGGGAGAGGGGGGGCAGUUAGUCCUGGACGGGUUAAUAUUUCGAGUUCGCAGGUAGGACAAUGGGAUGAUGUUGGAUCUGUAGGAGUUGGUGAUCGAGUGAGUUACGGAUAUGGUGGAGGUAGGGGCCGUGGAGGUGACCAAGGUGACCAAUUCAGGAACCCAGGAGGCAGUGGAAUGUAUGGACAAGGAACUGGUGGAGAUCACGAGCAAGGUCAAGGUCAAAAUGAUAACAAGAGUGAGAAGGAAGAGUUUCUCUGCGAGGUUUGUCAGACCAGUAUGACGUGUAAAAGGAGCUACGAUGACCACAUGAUAGGAGCAAGACACAGAAGGAAUGUUGAGAAUCUGAAGACCGGUGAAUUGUUGGUCUCCAGAAAAAAAUCGGGAAAAGGCACAGCUGGGAAGGGGAGAGACAAGAAACAAUUGGGAGCCUUUUUCAGGGAGGGAGACUUGAAAGUGAGUCCCCCACAAAGUGCACCCCAAACAAGAGGACAAGGCGAUGUGGAGCUGUUAUUCACCAAACUUGAACAAAACUGCGAUAAAGCACUAAUUGGGCUCGAGUACAUCAUCGAGUACCAGGUGGAGGAUGGAUCCAGGGUAGCGAGGUACGAGUGCGUACUGUGCAACUUCAAACUUCAACUACAGAGCCUUAUUGCCCAUAUUGUCGGUAUGAAACACAGAGGUCGAUACUUGAAAGCAAAUCACCCUGACUUGCACCAGAUUUUCUGUAGCAAGACGAAGCGAUCUGAGCAGUCUGAGUUCUGUGCUGUGUGUGCUGAUGAGAUACAGGCUAAGGAAGGCAGGAAGAGUGUCUGCUUGCAGUUUGAAACUAAAGAACAAUGGGAUGCUGUCAUUAAAUGUCAGGACAAAGGGCUAACAGAGACACAAAAAGAAGAACCAGUGUGGCCUCCCAGACUACCUGUAAGCGUAUUGCAUCAGCAGGCAGCUCUGUCUGCCAGAACCAGGUCACCACCCCCUGCUCGGGAAAGAUCGUCCUCGCACGACAGAUAUCCACCAGAUCCUUACAGAUGUGACCCAGGGUGGGAUCCAUGGGAUAGGCCUCCUGCAGAUCCGUGGGCAAGAAAGUAUGACCCGUACAGGAGACCUGGCGAUUCCUGGGGACGCAGUGCGCGAGAUCCAGAUCCAUACAGAGCCGCCAUGGAGAGAUAUAGAUCGGCUUCGGCCCCAAGAGAUGAUCCUGCACCUGGGAUAAGUCAAAUAGAUAAAGCAUUGGAGACGCGUCUACAAAGUUUGGAACAAGAUCGUCUCGACCGUGCUAAGGAAGUGGAGAGGUUGGAAAACCUUUUAAGAGAAAAGGAACAAAAGGUCCCUAUGCGUUCAGCCCUCAAGCGCACGGCUCCCCAAGAUCGAUUGGAUGACUACCAGCGCCUGAAACAAGCUUUUGAACAGCCGUCAGAUGCUACGAGCAUUCUUACACUUUUAAUGAAAAAUGCAGAUAGCAUGAUCACAACAGACGAGACGGCAUCCAUUGCCUUGUCGGCUUCGAAUGCCCUGACACAAGCAGUGCUGUCUUUUCGUCUACAGCAUGUCCCAAAAGAGAUGCUUGAGAAUUCAGGGCCGCCACCAAAACGAAAAGCUACUGAGCAGAACAGUGUUGAUAUGUCCUACGAACAGAGAAGCCAAUCUGGUUUCCAACAGAGCGAAAAUCAGAUGAACUAUCCUCCUCAGUCUAUGGAUUUUAACGCCCAAAUGAAUAUGGGUUUUAACACCCAGGCUAAUAUGGAUAACAAUUCGCAAGGUAACAUGAAUUUCAAUCCCCAAAGUCACAUGGAAGGACAGUUUGUGGACUCUUUGCAGCCAAACAGUAAUCAGGGCUCAGCAGCUGCAAUAGACUUUGACAAACUGCAGAACAUAGAUUUUUCAAAGUUGACCAGCUAUCCAAAUCCUCGGGAUAAACCAGUCCCUCGGCUGAUGGACAUGCAGACGUCUUCUCCUUCAAGUUACCCUAAUGUCUCUCAUGUCCUUGAUAGAGCACCUAGGGAACAUGCCAGUGAUGGCAGAGCAGGGAGGCAACCUUUUAACCGCUUUUUACAGGCUGAUUUGCCCCCGCCACUCCCCGAGGGUCCGCCUCCUGGCCCUCCACCUCCUCCACCAGGCCCUCCUCACGGAAAAAACAUGCCGAGAACAACGGGAGAGAAGAAAUGGAAGAUUGCUCAUGUUGGAGGAUGGAAGCCUGCGUUCUAGAAGGUGAUCCAAUUGUUGGUCUCCAGGUUGGAGAAAUGGGUCUGGUUCGACUUGGUUCUAAAAAUAUUCUUUGUGCAAGUGUGAAUCAUGCUGACAUACUGUGAGGUACCUACAGGCUAUUUGUGACUUCAUGUAACCUAAAUCCGACAUAUUUGGCACCUGUCUUCUCUCUCCCAACACAUCCCAAGUAAGUAUAGUAUUUGUCUGUACCAGGGGUGUCCUUGAUAGGGAGGUUCUACUCGACUGUAAUUUCAAAAGUUCAGAGAGGAAUUUUCAGGCACCGAAAGGUUAAUUGUAAUUCAUUGCCAUAUUUGUUAAAAAAGUAAGUUGUCUGUUUAGGUACUGUAUUGUCAGUAGGCCACAUUUAUGACUUUUAACUGUUGUAAUAUUGUUGUCAUGGAACAAUAGUAAUAAAAGGUUUUACGCGA